AUGCAGCAGCAGCAGCACCCGCAACGCACCAUGUCCCUGACGAAAACGUGCCAGAACUGCUUCCAGGCCAAGAUCCGCUGUGAUCGCACCCAGAAUCGCGAUGCAUGCGAUCGCUGUCACCGCCUGCGGAAGCACUGUGUCUUCCGGCCCUCGACCCGCCGCUACAACUCGGCCAUGCGCGAUGCCCGCAUAGAGGCAUUAGAAGCUCAAGUGCGUGACCUCCUGGGUGGCCGCGCCAGCUCUUCCGCCGGCAACUCGCUCUCUCCCGAGCCUCAGCCCGUCUCUUCCUCAAACCUCAAUGAAGAUGUCAUCGACGCUGGCCUGGUAUCCGCAGCACAGGCCGACGUGCUGGUCGAGAUCUUCAGGAUGCGUAUGACUCCACACUUCCCUUUCGUCGUGGUACCAGCACACGUCUCGGCCGCCCAGCUGCGCAUCGAACGGCCAUUCCUAUUCCUCGCUGUGCUGGCCGUCACCUCUUUCGACGACAGUUCCGUCCAGCGCCAGCUCGGCCAGCGCCUCAAGCAGGCUGUUAGCGAGCUCAUCCUCUCCAUCGGUGCCCUGACCUUCGACGUGCUUCAGGGUCUGCUAGUGUACCUGGCAUGGAGCCACUAUCACGCCCGCCCACGUUUGUACUCGCAGUACCUCCAGCUCGCUGUGAGCAUCGUAAUCGACCUUCGCCUCGACCGCAGCCCCCCGGCGGCAUGGAAAACGAAUGUUGGAAGCCAACGAAACCCACACGCUGAACCCGCCCCGCCCUUGCGGUCCGCUGAAGAGCAGCGUGCAGCUGCUGGGUGUUUCUACCUGUGCUCAACAAUAGCAAAACUCCUCCAAAAGCUCAACACGAUGCCAUACUCGGAUUACAUUGCAGAGUGCUGCUUAUCGUUGGCCAAUCACCCGGAGGCCCCGACAGACAAGUACCUCUACCAUAUAGUCCAGCUGCAGCACAUCAUGGAGAGCACCGAUUUCCUAUCCGCCCAACAGCAACAGCCUGUCGGAGGCGAUGACCCAACAACCCAGGCGGCUGUGCACGCUGUACGGACGGAGCUGAGUGCCUUUCGGGCGAACUUACCUUUCGAGCUGAGUGAAAAUCAAUCCUUACUGAUGCAGUACCAUACGGCGGAGCUAUUCCUCUAUCAGUCUGCGCUGGUUGACUGGAGCAUGUUAUCCCUCCCUUCGUCAUCCUCUUCCGACCCGACACCUUCCUCUUCGGCGGCCAACGGCAGCAGCAGUCCGCUGCAUCUAGAAGUGCUCUGCGCCGGUCUGUCAGCAAGCAAGUCCCUGCUCGAUGCUUACCUAUCGCUGCCUGCCCGAGCCGAGACGGCCUUCAACAACUCCGAAUGGAUCCAGCUUAGCUUCGGCCUGACAGUGGCAGCCCGCCUCGCCGUAGCAUCGACCACGCUCGUCGUCGUCGACCGCAGCAGCGUCGAGCAGCAGCAGAUCGUGUCGACCAUGAGCCAGCUGCGGGCUGCGCUCAGCAUGUCGAACGCACUGCGGGCCCUGGCACAGCGCAUAGGCGCCCUAGCCAGCGCCAUGAGCCAGGGUACGACGGAGAUGCAGCAGGGCGACAACGUGUUCGCGCAGUACGAGCAACGCGUGCGGCGCAUAAAGCAGUGGUUCGACGUCUACAGCGCGCCGGCGCGGCGGGAGCAGCUGCAGCAGCUGAGCAGCGGCGGCGGCGGCGGCGGUAGUGGCAGCCGCUCAAGCAGCCACUGCCGCAGCCGCAGCGCCAGCAGCAGUCCGUCCCUGCACGAGAUGCAGCAUCAGCAUCAACAAGCGAGCAGCGCCACUACUACUCGUCAUCAUCACCGGCCACACGCGGAGUCGACGGCUUCCUCGUCGUCUUACCUGCAGCCGCAUGCAGCAGACUCGCUUCCAAUAGGGCUAGAUUUCGCUUCUGAGCCCCACCAGAUCCAGCAUCAUCACCCGUCUGUGGGGUCUGUUUCAUAUCCGGGCCCGGACGUGAGUGUCGCUAAUAACGGUGCCGCCCCACAGCACCACCAGACGCUGCUGCCUGAUCUCCCGCUCGACUUCUUGCUGGGCGAUGGCAGUAGUGCCAAUAGCGUGCCGCAAGGGUGCGGAGGGGCUGGCGACUGGCUGUAUCCGGCUGGCGGGCCGGAUUGGUUGGUUUGA